AUGGCAGACGGUGAUAGCGACGAGGGCUUCGCAGGUCCGUAUUCUUUCUCUCUGCCUGACGGCAGCACGCUGCCUUCUGCUGGCACGUACACGGGUCCUGCCAGCGUCCAUUAUGCCAAUGGAGACACGUUUGACGGCGACUAUGUAGACGGGCGAAAAGAAGGACGAGGUGUUUAUACGUACAGAAACGGGGACAAGUUCCAAGGCGAAUACAAAAACAAUCAGAGAACGGGACUCGGAAGAACAGACUACGCUGCUGGAGGCUUCUACCACGGCAACUACGAGAACGGGCGCAGAUCGGGAGAAGGCACUCGACUCUAUGCGAACGGAGAUAUUUACUACGGCCAGUGGAGGGACGGCAAGCACGACGGUCAUGGAACCUACAUCUUCAACACGACAAAGUACAAAUUUGUGGGCCAGUGGAAAGCGGGACAGCUUCUAGAGGGCUCGUGGCGAUGGCAGAAUGGAACGACAUACGAGGGCAAGUUCGAAAUGAACAAACCGUGUGGCGACGGAACGUGGGCGUUCGCGAACGGCACACGCUUACAAGGAAGUUACUCCCAGCGUGUUUUGCCGGUCGACGAGGCCCCCGAUGAUGGUCCACAAGCCGCGCAAAAGAUUGAACUCCAGUGGACAUCAUCUGGAGUUUCCGCUCAGUGA